AUGUGGAAUACAGUGUGGUGUUUCAGUAUGACCUCUCCUUACUUCCAAAAUAUGAAAGUUGUUACACGGAGAGGUGAGAGAUUUACCCGCUGCACAGCUCCUGCAUCUUUGCUAUCCAGACGAAUGGACGCGGAUGCCAUUUCCUCAGUGGCCGUGAAGGUAGAAGAGGAACAAACACCCUUCUUGUCAACAGUAGAUCGUAGUCAGGACCUCCUCCGGUUGGCCACUACUCAACCAAAACUAGAAGCUGAUGCUCUGUCUGUAGCUUCACAUGGAGGCAGACGGAGACAGAUCAAAGUCGAAUAUGAUGAAGGUGGGUCCACGGCAAACAUGGAGCAGUGGGAACCUCUUGAUUGGAAGAAACAGUUAAGACACAUUCGUGAGAUGAGGAGCAGCCGUGAUGCACCUGUGGAUAACAUGGGAGCAGAGAAGUGCUAUGACACAAAGGCUCCACCUAAUGUGAGACGCUUUCAGAUUUUGGUGUCCCUGAUGCUUUCCAGUCAGACCAAAGACCAGGUAACAGCAGCUGCCAUGCAAAAGCUGCGGGCUCAUGGCUGCACUGCAGAAAAACUCUUGUCUACUGAUGAUGAAACUCUGGGAAAGCUCAUCUACCCAGUCGGCUUCUGGAGGAACAAAGUGAAAUUUCUGAAGAAGACCGCAGCUAUGCUUGUGAAUGAUUACGGAGGGGACAUCCCAGACAGCGUGGAAGGGCUUGUCCGCCUGCCAGGGGUUGGACCCAAGAUGGCUCACCUAGCCAUGGAUAUUGCCUGGGACCAGGUGUCUGGUAUAGGCGUUGACACACAUGUGCAUCGGAUCUCAAACAGGCUAGGCUGGCUCAAGAAGCCCACUAAGAACCCAGAGGCAACACGGCAAGCCCUGCAGGAUUGGUUACCUCGGGAUCUAUGGAGUGAGAUUAACUGGCUGCUAGUGGGUUUUGGACAGCAGGUUUGCCUUCCAACCAAUCCGCUCUGCUCCAUGUGUUUGAACCAGCAUAGUUGUCCAUCCGCUCACCAAAGCUCACCUUCAAAGCGGCUUAUAGUUCGAUCCCCGCUAUCUCCGGAUCCAGCCUCCUCUCUUCAAACAAAAACUGAAUCAGGACAAGAAACUGUUGUUAAAGAAGAGCCACAGACUGUUAAUCCCACCUCACUGAGAAGGAAACUGAAAAGAAAGAUUAAACACUGA